AUGGGCGUGACGGGGUUAUGGAUGCUGCUUGCUGCGGGAGGCCGCGAGGUGUCGAUUGAGAGCUUGAGCGGGCAGACGCUGGCCGUGGACGCGAGCAUCUGGCUCACGCAGUUCGUCAAGGCCAUGCGCGAUCCGGAGGAUGGCAGCAUGCUGCGCAACGCGCACCUCCUUGGCACCUUCCAGCGGGUCGCCAAGCUCCUCUUCCACGGCAUACGACCCGUCUUUGUCUUCGAUGGCGACACGCCCGCGAUCAAGCUGCGCACGCUGCAGCGUCGCCGCGCCCGGCGCGAGAAGAACCAGCUCUCGCUCACGCAAACGGCGCAAAAGCUGCUCCUGCGGCAGCUCGAGCGGCGAGCCAAGCAGGCCGUCGUUGAGGAAGAGACCAAGGCCGAAUCCAACGUCAUCCAUAUCAAUGACGACGAAGAAGAGGAAAAGAAGACGACCGAGAGCCCGCCGCCGAUGCCCAGUGAGGAAGUCGACGAGGACGAUGCGAUUAUUGAAUGGCGAGACCAUCAAGAGAACGUGGAAGCCUUCCAACGCGAGCGUCGCCAAGAGGCCCGCGAGCAGUUCUUGACGCUUGCAGGCAAGCCGGAAGAGUACUCACUAGCCCAGAUUCAGACGUUCCUUAAGUCGAGCCGCUUCAAGCGCGAGAUGAAGCAGCAGGCGGCGGCAGCGAACGCCCCCGAAGCCGGUCGCCGCAUCGCAAGCGAAGCCGACCGCCGGUACAUCCUCACGACAGCUAACGACGCCCGGCCGGCGCCACCGCCUGCCGCUGUCGCCGCGGACGCGCAGCUCCUCGACGCAUCGGACUCGUCGGUCGGGCUCUUCUCCGAGUAUGUGCAAAAGCAGUCGCAGUCGCAGCCGACUCAGCGUGCGCCAAAGAUUCUGCAUGUUGACGACGAUGUCCUCAUGGGUGCCAACGGUAAACCGCUCGUCCUCAGGACGGACCACCCGCAGUGGAUGGUGCCGAAGAAGACGACGUCGCAGCGGCGCGGUGUCGUCUGGGAGCACAAGGCAGACGGCAGCCUCGUGGCGUCACUCGAUCCGACCAAGAUGCAGCUCACGGCCGAAGAAGCCAGCAUCUUGCCGCCGUCUCUGUUUGAUGUUGGUAGGCCCAAGGCCGAGGUCAAGGACCAAUAUGUCGAGUGGGGCGACGAGGUCGAGGCCAAAGACGCACUCGUGAGCGACUCGGACACGGAGUGGGAAGAUGUCGUGACGCAGCCAAGUAACACUGCGCCUGUGGCAACUUCGACCGUACCCGUGGCAACUCCUGCUGCGCCGAUCACCAUCGACAUUGACGACGACGACGUGGAAUGGCUGGACGUCUCACCGAGGGCAAUGCCAAGUGUCGCCGAGUCGGCAACGAUCCGCGAAGACGCCAGUGACGAUCUCCCAGUGCCCACAGUCCAAAAUACCAGCAACACAGACCCGACAGUUGCCGUCGCUGUCGACGACACUGCGUCACCCAGCACAACCCUCCUCGCCAGCCACGACGCCAUCGUCAUUGGCGACGCUUCGGACGUCGAAGACGAUUGGCAAGACGUGCUGCCGCCCGAGGCCUUUGCCGCGCCUCGAGAGCCACGUCCAACCUCGCCAGACACGCUUCCGACUACGAUCGACAGUACUGUGGGGGUCGGGAAACCAACCACGUUUGUGGUCCCAGACGCGGCGGUGGAACGGACGACGUGGAGUGCCGAGGCGACACCGCCGUCGUCACCGGUGCUUCGACCGACGGCAGCCGUCCUCGACGCCGAUGCCCUCGGCGCGUGGAACGACGAGGACAAUCUCUUUGAACGGCGCGUGUCCAAGGCGCUGUCAGCCGAAGACGAUGACGACGUCGUCACGCUCGGACUUGCCCGAAACGACGAUGCGCUUCAGGCCGUCAUGACCACAGCCUCUAACCUGACGCAAUGGGCUGCUGGCGCCAUCAAGCGGGCGAUCCGGGACCAUCAGCAAAAGCAUGGCGGUAAACCGCUGGAGGACGACGCGACGCCACGGUACCUCACGCGAACGACGCCGACCGAGCCCGUCGUUGUCGACUCGGGUCGCUUUCUCGUUGCGGACGACGGUGGCGAGACGGACGCCCAGCUAAAGCGGUCGCGGAACCAGCAAAUGCGCGACGUCGAUGGCGUCACGGACGAGAUGCAGAACGACGUCAUGGAGCUGCUGCGGCUCUUUGGUGUUCCGUUCAUUGUAGCACCCAUGGAGGCCGAGGCGCAGUGCGCCACGCUCGAAAAGCUCGGUCUUGUGACGGGCGUCAUCACGGACGACAGUGAUAUUUUCGCGUUUGGCGGCCAACGCGUCUACAAAAAUAUGUUUAAAACCUCCAAGUUUGUCGAAGCCUUCUCCAUGGCCGACAUUGAGCGCGAACUUGGGCUCGACCAGAAGAGCAUGAUCGCUCUCGCUCUCCUCCUCGGCAGCGACUACACGGACGGCAUCCAUGGCGUCGGCGUUGUCAACGCCACCGAAAUUGUCCACGCGUUUCCAGGUCUCGACGGUCUUUGCGAGUUUAAAGCGUGGGUGCAAGACUUUGACCUUGCGGCGCAGCUCAAGCCGCUGCCAAAGCUAUCGGAGGCCGAGCUCAAGGCACUCUCGCCUCUCGAGCGCUUCAAGCACACGCACCACAAGGUCCGACGCAACUGGCACAUCGCCGACGCCUUCCCCAACGCGCAUGUCGUCAAGGCGUACCUCGAGCCCGAGACGGACCGAUCGGAUGCGCGCUUUUCCUGGUCGACGCCCGACCUGGCCAACUUGCGGGUCUUUUGCGGCCGCACGUUUGGGUGGCCGCUCGAGAAGGUGAACGCGACGCUGCUGCCGAUCGUGCAGGCGGCGACGCGCGGCUGGUCGGAGACGCAAACACGCAUCGACAGCUACUUUACGUCGUACAAGGACGGCGUCAAGUACGCCAAGAUUCGCAGCAAGCGACUCCAAGCGGUCGUCCAGGACAUUCACGAGACCCACGAAAAGCAAGCGCCGGCCAAGCGCCAGAAGCGCAAGGCAAAGACCACCGACUAA